AGAUGGAGCGCGCGCUGCGGUCGCAGUAGGGACACCAGACUGCUCACACAGAAACGGACACCGUGAGACGCGCAAAAACUCCCCUGACAUCCCUUUGUUUCCGGAUCGAUCCCCACAGCCUCCAGCAGGCUCAUGGAGAGCGGAGCCCCGCUUGUCCGCACCGGAGGCAGGUUGAUCGGAUGCCUUUCACCACAGCAGCGCCGUAUGUUUUCCAUUCAGGAUUAAUUGGUUGACCAAUGGCUCCAAAACAUGCGCUCCUCUCCAGCAGCGGCAGCGGCGGCUCCGGGGUUGGAGGGGUGAACACUAAACGAGACUCUCGCGCUUCCUCUGCGGUGGCAUGGGUCCUGGAUACGGGGAUGGUUGCCGUGUGUUCGCCGAGGACGCGGGCGCUGGAUGGGAAGCUGGCCCGGUGGUUGGUGACCGCGGUGCUGGUGCUGAUGCUGCAGAGCUCCAUGGCCGCUGACGCUGACGGAGGUCACCAUGAGAAAGUGAGACGGGCUGUCCGGCCUCUGGACCCCGCAGUCCCCAUCCCCUGGUCUGGAGUCAGAGCCGGGGCUAAAGGCAAAGCUGUGAUGGAUGAGGGUAAAGUGUUUUCUGAGGCCGGAGCAGCAGUUUGGACUGAAACAGAAGCAGGAGUCCGUGUUGGGACAGAUGGCAACGUUUUCGCAGGGGCUAGAAUUAUGACAGGAACCUUGACUGAAGUUGGGGCUGAAUGGAGUCCAACGGAUGCUAAGGGGGGUGGUCUGCCAAUGAUGCCCAGUAACCCUGAAGCUUUUGUGGGGCCACAGAGCCUGCAGACACGUGGAGAGGGCCAGAGAGAGCAGGCAGCCCCUUCCAUUCUGGCAGAGACACCAGUGCUGGGAAAACCUUUAGGACUGCUGUCUAAAGCUGCUUGGUCCAGAAGUUCCUCUUCAUCCCCAUCCAAGGCCUCCUCAUCCUCCUCUUCCUCUUCCUCCUCCUCCUCCUCCUCCUCAUCUGCAACAAAAACAUCCUCUUUGCCAUCCUCCUCCUCUGUAGCCAGCAAAACAGAGAGUGAGACGGCAAGAUCAGAGAACGUCUCUCUAGUUGUUGUCAACAGCAACUCCUCCAGCAGCAACAGCAGCUCCACUUCAGAGGAGUCCGUGAGCAGCCGUCCAGCCUGGGAUCUCCCCACCGUCCCUGAGUCGCUGCUGUCCACAGUGGGCGACCACGACGUCACACUUCCUUCCAACAUCACCAGCCCCUUCUCCACCCACCAGUGGAACACCACCACUCCGGCGCACACCCGAAACACCUCACGGCUGACGACCACAUCAACUAGCAUCAUAACCACAUCUUUACCACCAACAACUACCACCUCAACUCUACCGUCAUCCACCACAGCACAAACACCAAGGGCACAGACUGAAACCACCAGCCAGGACACUGUGACCAACGAGAGUCUCCAGCUGACCACAGUAACCACGACGACGCCCUCAAUGACCACUAUUACUGUGACCACCGCUGAGGUGAUGACGACAAUGGCGCCAACCACUGGGAGCGCACCAACAGAAUCACCAAAUACAACCGCCACUACAACCACGCAGCAAACCAUAAGCCUCAAACCCACCACAGUGACUACAACCGAGCCUACAACCACCACGACAACCACACCUGCCCCCCCCACCACCACUACUACUACUUCAACGGUCGCCCCAACUACUAUCACCACCACCACUACUACCAACACCCCUCCUCCAACCACGACCACUACUCCUGCACCUACUACUACUGUCGCCACUACAACGUCUACUACUACCACUACAACUACAACCACAACCACAGAGGUUCCCACCACCACUGUGUUCAUCCCAAUCGAGACCACACCCCCUCCAACCACGACCACUGAACCCCCGUCCAGCACCAGUCCAGAAGAAAGUCCACUUCCAUGCAACGUGACGGAGAAAUACUGGGUCAGAACAGUUCUCUCCAUUGAGCUGCGUAGGAACCGCCUGGAUCUGAUCCUGAAACAGAAUCUCUCUAAAGGACUGAGCCACGCCCUGCAGAGAGCGCUGAAUGACUCCACAGCCUACGCCCAGGUGGAACACGACGACUGCAGCCCCCACAACGUGACGUUAGGUUACCACGUGACCAGUGGCAAAACCGUCUACAUAUCCUCCCUGGUGGUGGAGGCGCUGCACAUCUACGGUUUCGACAAGCUGCUGUCGGACAUCAGGCAGCACACCCCAUUGGUUAAGGCCGUUCUGGUUCCUGUGGCAACCUGGAUGCCUGCUCCGAGCAUCCACCUGCAGCUGAAAACAGUUUUGAGGUUCGUCGGCCCGACAGAUAACAUCUACUCCUGCAGUUUCGUCCAGAUGUUGGAGCAGAGGCUGGAAAACGCCUACGACGAGGCUCAGGACAAAGUGCUAGAGACCUACAGCAGGCUCACUGUGGAGAUCCAGAGUGUGUACCAGGAGGCGGGCUCUCCCUCCGUCUCCGUGGUGUACGUGGUGAAGAACCAGGACGCCAUUCUCAACGGGACCAUUUCCAGCGGCCUCCUCAACCAGCUGACCGCAGAGCUGGUGGGAUACUUCCUGUUCUACCCCCCCAUGGUCAUCGCUGAGCCCCUUGAAUACCAUAAUCUCAACACGUCCACAGCAACCAAGAACUAUUGGGUGAUAACAGUGAUCCAGGAUGUAGACAGCUCCUCUCUGGAGGCCAACUACCAGAGCUUUGCCAGUCUGAUGGAGCAGCGUCUGGCCGAGCUCUUCCUGGUGGCCGGGAGGCAGGGCACUCGGGCGGCUCGAGCCCGGAGGGCCACCUCCGUAGGGAGCUACACCGUACAGAUGGUGAGCAUGCGCCGGCUGCCCGGUCCCAAGAACCCGGCGGAGAUGACCUACUACGCCCAGCUGAACGGAGCCCCCAUCACCGGCUUCACCGCCGCCAAGACCCUCAGCAGCCUGGACUCACAGACCAUGGCUCUGACCCUGGGAUACUUCGUACAAGUGCAGGCCGAACCUGUGGUGAAGACACCGCCCAGCAACCUGUGGAUCGUGGCCGUUCUGACGCCUCUCUUCCUGUUGAUGGUGGUUAUCGUCAUGGUGUCCUUCAUUAUGUGUAAGCGGAACCGGGUCAUGUUUAAAAGUGGCCCCUUCAGGAACUUCAAAACCCGCUCCAAGACCUCAUAUCGAAGGGAGGGCAGUUACCACCACCAGCCUGUCCAGGGCUUUGACUACGCCAAGAAGCACAUGGGUCGGACUGGGGACGAUGCCGUCUCCGUCACCAAGGAUACGCUGGUGCUGGUGGGGCUGCCUGUACGAGAUGCUCCUCUGUCAAUGUCGUUGGAUAAGAAGGUCCACCAGGAUGGGACCGGCAGCAAGAGGCCUCCGUCUGCUGACAUACACAAAGGAGGGCCGUUGCCAAGCGAGGAGGACGGCUCGGUGUCGAGCAACGGCUCCGCGAAGCUAAACACCAGCAAGAGCUCUUCAGCCCGGAGGACGGCGACCGGCAGCAGCAGCAGGAACGGGAAGGAGAGGAGCACCAAUGACCCCUAUGAAGACCAUUCCAGCUCCCUGCGUCUCAUCACCAUCAAACCAAUGACUGCUCAGCCCACCUACUCCUACCCCUCCUCCUCCUCCCACAGCCAGGACUCUGUGGUCCUCAAUGGGGAGGCGAACCACGCAGGGCUGAAGCAGAAGUCGGACAUCGAGCACUACAAGAACAAGCUGCGGCAGAAGUCCCGGAGGAAAGGCUACGGAGAGUUCUCUCUGUCCGAGACCGGCAGCCACGGCUACAGUCACCGCGACGCCAGGCACAGUCGGCACGACAACGGGGUCAAGGAGCCACUGACCGCUGAGGAGAAGAGGGCCUCGUUCGCUGGGUGUCAUAAGAGGUACUCCCACCCACGGGAGCCCACAUACUGGAGCCGGCAGUCCCUGAGCUGCCGGAGCCCGGUGGAGGCGGAGAUGGACCUGCUGGUGCUGAGAGAGCGAUCCCGGAGGGGCAUCCGCAACAACGGCUACGACGGCGAGGCUGAACCGUUUGAGGAGACCAACGUAGACCGGCUGAUGAGCUCCCUGGGUUACGGAGGCGGAUCCACCGGCACCGGCAGCCUGGGGGUGAAAGCUCACCGCGGCUCCGACUCCUCCACGCUCAGCUCCCAGCCAUCCAUUGAUGAAGUUCGCACGCAGAUGCACAUGUUGCUAGGCAACGCCUUCAGCCUGGCACCUCCGGACCACGACCCCCCUUCUCCUCCUACCAACAGCCAUCACCACCACCACGCCCACAGGGCCUACAAUCCCUCCCACACCAGCCACUACAGCGACGGGGUGACCAGCGCCCCUGGGACCAUGAACCAUCCCUGUGGGGGCCGGCAGAGGAGCGGCUACGAGGACAUGCACCAGUGCAGCCUGCCUAAACCGGGUUUCCGCUUCACCCAGCUUCCUGAUAUGGGCAUCGGAUCUCCUCCGCCUCUGAUCCCCUCCAGACCAGGACCCCCACCUGGGACCUCAUUACGACGCUCCACCCCUGAUGUUAGUCUGAAGCCCCGUGUGUCAGAGGUCCCCGACCUGCAGGCCCAGCAGCACAACGGGGCCCCCUACCUGCCGCUGUCCCGGACCCCCUUCCCCGCUGUCACCGUGGACCAGUCCAUCUCCAACUACUCAGGAAACCCAAUCACAGCCGUCUACGCUAUAUCUGCCAACCGCCCCGGGUACUCGGAUUACUUCGUCAUGUCGCCGCCGUCCUCAUAUCGGAGCCCGUCCUGGAUGUCCUACCCCCCCGAGCCAGAGGACCUGCCGCGGCAGUGGAACGACACACCAAACUCCCAUCAUCUUGAAACCAUCUGUUGAAGCUCUGCGGCGACACUGAGGGGGAGCAGCGCACACAUCGGUGUCUCUUUGGACUUCCCUCUCACUGAAAACUCUCUUGAGCUUUACCCCCCCACCCCCCUCCUUCAGUUCGGCCAGGCUGUCCUCCUGUUGGAUUUAUGAAUCACCCCUCCCCAACCCUCUUUCUUCUCAGCCUCUUCACCUGCAGCUCGCAGCGUUUCUCAUCCUCCAGAAAGCCCCUUCAUCCUGACAAAGCUCUGCUUCAGACUCCUGCUCCCUGAGCCCCCCAGCCUCACUGGCCCCUCUUUAUAGACCGCCUCUUUCGUGGAGACCACCAUCAUACGUCCCCCUCACACUGCUGAACUGAGCUGCGUGAAGCUGCACAGGGCGACGUUUGAACUAGCUUUUUCUGCCCCAGCAAUCAUCGUACAGUACCUGCCAUCUGCCCAACAAACGAAGGCCCCCAGCGCUGCGCUACAAGUGCUCGAGGGCCCCUGCUGUGGCCCCCAGUCUGCUCCUCCUGAGCCGGACUGGACCAUCCUGGACUUGACUCCAAUUUCCUCCAGAAAGCCAGUAAAAGCUGGACUGACUUAAAACUGUGCUUUUUUGAUGAAUCCACAAUUCCUCCUAACAUUGUACAGCUGGUUAAUAUGUGUAUUUUAGGUGAGAAAAAAAAAUAUUUAUGGGAAAAAGGGGAAAAAAAAUCUCUCGUCUUGAGCUGUCUAAAUUUCUGUUUUUGGAUAUUUGUGUGCUUUUGUCUUUUACUUUUGUGCAUUGAUUAUUAUCAAUGGAUUACUGUACAAAAAAAACAUAGCGAGUGCUUCUCUUUCACUUACCUUAUUUCAAGGCAAAAAAUAUAUUACAUUCUUCAAAAUAGAGAAAUCGGCGGCUUAGUUUUCUGUGGUUAUGAUGGCAUUUCUGUACUUUUGAAAAAGAAUGACUUUGUUUUCUUUUCAUCAGAAUCAGUGUUGAAAACAGGAAUGAGUCACAAUGUUCUGUCCAUCAUCUGAUGAAGUUAUGAAGUUUUUGUCUGCUAAUCAUUAGGCAGACCUGUGUCAAAUAUUCUGAUUGAAAUCACAAGCAGCUCUGUUGUUGCUUUGGGUUUGUUACAUACGGCGGCCGACAGGUGCAAACGUGCUACAACGGCCCAAAAUAUUUCUAUUAGGAGAAAUGCGCUGCAGUUUAAAUAACAAUGCAAAUGUAAAAUCACAAAUGUGCUAAAACAUGCAAAUAAAGAAACGUCUUCACCAACUUGACGAAACAUGCGCAGCGUUUACUAAAAGCGCUUUAUAUACAAAAUGCUGCAAGAAGCUAAAAAUACAAAGGUAACAGGAGGGGACAUGAGUGCUUGUUGACGUUGGGGAUUAUGAAGUUGGCCAACUAUCACUCUCUCAGAGUUAGUCUGUUUCAUAAUUGUAAGUGUUUUGUCAGUGGAUUUGUAAUGACCUGGUUAGCUACGUUAGCUAACUAACGGCAGAUCUGCAAUAAUACCGGCAGGAUGUGAUUGCAUUUUUUAAAUAAGCCGAUAAAACUUAAAGUUUUCUGUGACAGUUGGCAAACUUUAUAAUCCCCAAAUGUCAACAAGUGCUCCGGCCAAACUGUGUGCAUCACUUUUUAGGUUCCCAGUUUCCGUUGUGUUUUGAGCUUCUAGCAGCGUUUUUGUAUUUUGCAGUGUUUUGUAAACGCUGGGCAUGUGUCUUCAAAUAGGUGAAGAUAUUUUCUUCCUUUGCAUGUGUUUUGGCACAUUCCUGUUUUUAUAUUUACCUCAUCUGUAAAAGUACAGCGCGUUCCUCCUAUUGGAAGUGUUUUGGACCACUGUCGGCCACCGUAGUUGAGGAGAUAAAAACAUUUGAUGACUUGGAUUUGAACUGAUUUCACUUCUGGUUUGAGUCAGGUCUGUUCCAAUUAUGUGAACACACCAAUUAUUCUUAGAAAGAUGUCUAAUGUAUUUUACUGUGUAAGGAAACUUUGACCUUUGGUUCUUUUGGUCUUGGUGAAGAGGAAUAUUGGCUCACUGGUGUAGUACUGUUGGAGAGACUCGCUGGGCUCCGAUGAGCCGUAUAUGUAACGAUUAAAUAUAUUGCUGUAUAUAGCAGAGGAUUAACGGAGAGUUUUAUGCAAGUACCGUGGGAGGGACGCUUUGCUUUGACAUUUAUUCUGACGCCAUUUUUUUUAUUUCAACUGCGUUUAUGAUGAAAGACUGUUUUUGAAUUUCCUGGACUUUCUGAAGGAUGCGCACAUUUCAGUUUCAUCUGGAUCAUGUUUUUUCACUAACAUCACAGUAUUACUGAAGGAAUGGAUGGAGUGCUUAGAGUGGCAUGCAGCAGAAAGGCAGACUGCAUUUACUGAGCUUUAUGUUUGAACAAAGCUUAUAUAGCCAUAAAUAAUGCAAUUUUUUAGUACAAAGAAUGUCUAAAUUACAUUUACCCUCAUUUUUUCUGAGGAGUGGAAUCCUAUAAGCGCACUGUAUGUUAGGCUCCUCAUCAUUUAGAUGGUUCUAAAGGAGAUUAUAGCCAUAUGUUUCUCACCAAGUAGACCGAAAACAGCUAAGAUAUACAGUGUUGUGUUAAAGUGGCAAUUAUAAUAUAUUAGAUAGAAAAUAUAAAGCAGGGAAAAGAGACUAGUAUAGAUAGAAGAGGUUAGUAAGUAUAGUUUAACAUGCACUUUAACAAAAAAAAGCCCAAACCAUGCAUUGAAUAUUAAAAUACUAUAAAUAUACAAACAAUCAAAUGACCUUAAACUAAGACCGAACCUGUAAAUGCAUCCAGUAAAAAAAUGUGGAAUAUACCUUUUUAACUAAAAUACUAUACACUUUAUUGAACGCUUGUGAAAUAGAUUUUUCCCCAAAUUCUUCAAUAUGACUGCGUUAGACCAAAAAAAAAAUGCCCAGUUUAAAAUACUUAGACCGUUGAGACAGUUAUAUAGGGACUUACAGUUUGCAUUAAAUCUAUUUUGACAGAAACAUUUAUAUAGGAUAAAUACAUUUUUCAGACACUUUUGGAGUCAACAUUUCUUACAGGGUGGAGAAUUUACAAUUUCUACGGCCCUGCCUCUAGAUUUAUGACUCAAGUUUGAAAACUAUGGGAAAAUAAUUUAGAAUAUACAUUUAAUACUAAGUCUAUGUAGAAAGUAACACUGAUAAUCUUCUCCAGUUCAGACCUUGUUCAAAAUACCCCCCCUUUCUAAAUGUAGGCCUGCGCAUGAUAAAUAUUUGAUGUGGAUGCAGAAAGCAAAGGAAUGAGAUGACAGUACUGGAGCGUUGUGAGCGUGCACGGUGCUAUUGGUUUUUUGAAUAAUCAUUUUCAACACUAGAUCUGCAGCAGCUAGCAUAUUUAAAGUCAUAUUCAGUGUAUAAACCCAUUUAAUGUUGAAAAGAAACCACUUCCACUCAAGUUUAUUGUUUUAUUUGAAUCCAUGUUGAAGAGACGGGUGGGUGGGUUUUGGUUUUUCAAGCAGAAAUGAAUUUGAAGAAGGACAACUGAUGCUAUAAGUUGAUGUGCAAUGUUUGUGCUUUACACGGGUAGCGGCGAGAUGCUUUUAUUGACGAACGGACUCUGGGAUGCAUUGACCGUUUAUUUUCUGCCGUUUGAGCCACGUCAUGAUGCUGUGACAUCAUGGCAGCGCUGAUGAUGUCACACUAUCGUCACUCGGGUGUUGAGGAGGUCACAGUGACGACAACAAUAAAUGCUGUUGGAUGUAGUUAUGCAGAAAACUUUUUGGUGAAUUUAAACAAUAAAGAAAAAUUACCAUUC